GCUGGACUGGAUCUCCGCGUCUAAAAUUGAGUGAGAGUCCGUCCCCCACCAAUCUAAUGAUUUCCGUUUAACUUCCCUUAUAUGUUGAAUACUAAUUUCCUUUUUCCAUUUUUUAAAAUAAUUUUUUAAAAUAAACUUUUUAACAUUUUUCAGGUCAAUGUAUUUAAUUUUUAUUUUUCUUCUUUAUUUUUAUAUUUUUCAAAAUUUUGUAAAUUCUGAUUUAUUUACUUCUUCUGUAGACCUUCAACAAUUAACUUAUGCAGAAAAGGAUAUUCCUAAAUUAAUUACUAAUUAUAUACAACUUGAAACUGAACGUUUAGAGCAUUUAAAAAGUAUCGCUGAAAAAUAUCAACAAAACAAUGAGGAAAUGCACACAAAUUUAUUAAGCGUCUCGAACCCAAUUAAUGCCUUCAGGUUGAUUAAAAAAUUAACUCAAACAUGGAAAGAUUUGCAAGCUGAAAUGCGUUCAGAUAUUGCUGGAAGUUAUUUACAGAAUAUUUCAAUUCAGAAAGGUUCUAGAUUUCCGACAGAUGAAGAUUUGAAUGGGGCAGCUGUUGGAUUGCUUCGAUUACAAGACACUUAUCGUCUUGAUACUGGCGAUUUGGCUAAUGGAGUGGUUAAAAAUGUUAAAAUUGGAAAUGGAAUGAAUGCUUUUGAUUGUUUUGAAAUUGGCCGAAUUGCUUACAACGAAGAGGAUUAUUUUCAUUCUCUUUUAUGGAUGCAAGAAGCUUUGGAUAGAGUAAAACAAUAUUUGGCUUUUGCUCUUUUCAAACAAGGAAAUAUAAAGCGGGCAUUGAUUACAACUGAUAGACUUUAUGAAAUUGCUCCUUCUCACCCUCGAGCCAAAGGAAAUAUAAAAUGGUAUGAAGACCAAAUGAAAGCUGAUGGAGUAAAACCAAUAGAUAUGCGCCGUAACAUUCCCCCACUUGUGAAUCCUAGAGCUAGCGAUUCUUUGGGCAAUUCUGAAAGAGAUAUUUACGAGGCUCUCUGUCGAGAUGAAGUUCCUGUGAGUCAAAAACAAAUAUCAAAACUUUAUUGUUAUUACAAAAUGGACAGGCCUUUUCUCCUUUUGGCUCCUUUUAAAGUUGAAAUUAUGCGUUUCAAUCCUUUGGCUGUUCUUUUUCGAGAUAUAAUAAAUGAUGAAGAAAUUGAACAAAUACAAGAAUUAGCCAAACCAAAAUUAGCUAGAGCAACAGUCCAAAAUAGCCAAACUGGGAAAUUGGAAACUGCUUCUUAUCGAAUUAGUAAAAGUGCUUGGCUAAAAGGAACAGAUCACCCAGUUGUUGAAAGGGUUAAUCGACGAUUAAAUUUAAUGACUAAUUUGGAAAUGGAAACAGCUGAAGAAUUACAAAUUGCAAAUUAUGGGAUUGGUGGUCAUUAUGACCCUCAUUAUGAUUUUGCAAGGAAGGAAGAAACCAAAGCAUUCAGUGAUUUGGGGACUGGAAAUAGAAUUGCUACAGCACUUUUCUAUUUAUCAAAACCAGAUGAAGGUGGAUUUACGGUAUUUACUGAUUUAAAGUCAGCAAUGAAACCAAGUAAAUAUAAUUGUCUUUUUUGGUAUAAUUUGUUGAGAAGUGGUGAAGAUGACCUUCGAACACGUCAUGCUGCCUGCCCAGUCCUUUUAGGUACCAAAUGGAUUGCUAAUAAAUGGAUACACGAAAAGAAACAAGAAUUUUUACGUCCUUGUGCAUUAAUGCCUUCUGUACAAGAACGCUAUGUUGGCGAUUUGGGAGGCCCAGAGCCUCGUUUUUAUCCAAACAUUUCGCCUUAUUGUAAAAAGGGUGCUUAUUGUGAAUAAAUUGGGGAGAGAGGAGAGUGAGGGGGAAAUAAAAUUGUCUUUUAGAUGGUAAGGUUUUCUUUAUUUAAUAUUGACUAUGUAAUUUUUUAAAAUUAUUUAAUAAUUAUUUUUUAUAAUUCUUCUUUUUACCCAAAAUAACCGUCAUUUUCUGCUCAUUUUUUUAAAUACACUUCCAAAUUAUUUUGUUAUUAUGUCGGACCUCAUUGGAUAUUCUACUUUGGGUCGAAAUUUGUCUCUUAUAAUGAGGCGUAUCUUAAAUAGGGGGGUUUGCUUAGAUAGCUCUUCAACC